AUGGGAUAUUUAACUGCCAUCAGAUUUCAUAAAGAAGACGUAGAAAACCUUGCGACGACAUUGAUCUCGAUUCUCGGGGUGCUAGGUAUAGUGACCAAGCUAAGGCCGCGGCGUGCCUCACUCGACCAUGCCGAGCUCACGGACAGUCGAGUCGCAGCGCUGCUGUUGGGGAUUGCUGCCGCAGUAUGUUUCGUCUUGGAAUCCCUCUGGCUGGGGAAUGUCAGCAUGUCUUGGGUGAUGCUUGCUUCUCAAUCUGGAACUGUACUGGCCGAGAAGAGCUACAAGAUGCGGUUCAAAGCAAGCGCUAUCGGAGCGAUCAUGAGUGCUGCGUACAUGGUGUCGUUGUACUGUGGCGACGCUUCCAUUGCACAAGGACUGGUCGCCCUGUUGCUUCUCGGCGCGCAUCUUUCCGUUCCGCGGUCAGCAGAUCAGUACAUUGACGGGAAGUUAGUUGAUCGUCAAGCGACUGCGUCCAUUUUGGAAAGGAUCAGCUUUACCUGGGCUGCGAGCUCAUUCGACGACAAGUGUGCCAAUCUUCCUGUGCUCCCCGCUUCGAUGCGAACAGCUACAGUUGCCAGUUGCUAUGCCGAGUGCAGAGAUCGUGCCGCGACGCUGGGAAGAUCACUCCUGCAACGAUUUAUUCGGCCUAUAAUUUUGCAAUGGUUUAUCACAAUUAUUCGCUCUGUUGCAUCCGUUGUACCGAAAUACAUCACAUAUAAGUUGCUUGAGCACCUCGGAACAGCCUCGUCCGACUCGUCGCGUGGCUUCUAUUUGGCAAUUGCUUUGGGGGGCUGCAAACUAAUUAAUGCCUGGCUCGGGCCUGCUUCAAGCUGGAUGAUGGAUUCCCAGCUUCUGUACCCUGUGCAGACCAUACUGAUGGCGUUGAUAUGCGACAAGUCCCUACGAAUGCCCAACGUGAUGAGCGCCAAACCUUCCAAAGGCAAGCCCGAACCGUCAAUUUUUGCCCACAUGCGAAUGGAUGGAGCGAGGGCCUCUAUGGUUGUCACCAACUCCCACACUCUACCUAGCGUUGUUAUGAAGCUGAUUACGACAGUUUACUUCCUCAGUAGAUUGAUUGGGUGGCAAAUUUUGGCGCUCACGUUGAGUCUAACAAUACUCCUCAUGGGCAUAGGCGCGAAGAUCACACAGAAACACCACCAGCUCCAGGCUGAGCUGACUGAGCAGCGCCGAGAGAGUGGCAUUGUGCUUGCCGACGCACUCUUGUCAAUUCGCCAGAUAAAGCUCUCUGCUUCCGAAGAUGAGUGGAUGAGAAAAAUAUCAGAGAACCGCAGUAAGGAGCUGAAGCUGCGGUAUAAGAAUUCUCUCAUCACCUGCGCCUCCACAUUGAACAAUGCCGUCGUUUCCGCUGUACUUGCGGGGAUUCCACUCUAUCUGUGCGCCCUCAAAGGCCAGAAGCUGACAGCAGCUGUUGCAUUUACAUUUCUAAGCCUGUUUCAAGAUCUGCAGCUUAGACUUGCUUCGUUGCCUUAUCAGGUAUCGUAUUGGGUGGAGGGGUGGAAUGCAUUGCAAAGGCUGCACAGUCACUUUGCCGCUUCUGAAGCGCAAAAGACGACCGAAACUGUGGCCGAUGAGAUCUCGCUGAAAGAGGCGGUUAUGGCGUGGAACAAAGACGCUCAUGCGCAAGAACAGUUUGAGCUCAAGGCAUCGCUAGACUUUCCCAGUGGCCAACUAAGCGUGAUCACUGGAGAUACAGCUUCGGGGAAGAGUCUCCUUCUGACUGCAAUUGCGGGUGAGGCGGCGCUUCUCUCUGGAGAUUUACGGGCGCCAAUACCACAGGACAUCGGGCUCGGAGGACGGGCUAUUGGGGGCGCUAGAUUUGCUACUUCUGCCUUAGCGACACUUAUUCUAUCGACAGCUCUGGGAUACUCGCGCACUCGCUGGCUGCAAAAGUGGACAGCUCGCUACGAGACGUUGGGCAAAGCCGACAGCUACGCAGGAUCAGACGCUGCGCAUUUCGGAGGUGUAUAUCUCUGGAUCUCUAUCGUGGGCAGUGUAGUGGGUGCUGUCACCAUCUAUCUUUCCCUGCAUCUUGGGCUUCGCGCGUCGCGACCGAUGGCAGAUGCGGCACUGCUCGGGGUCUUUCAUUCACCACUGCAGUGGCUAGAACGAACCUCAAGAGGAGAGAUUACAUCUAGACUGGCCUCUGAUGUAGAGGAUCUGGACAGAAAAGUACCCGAAGACAUUGUCGAUGCUCUACGAUGCGGAACGGACUUGUUGAUGAUACUGUUCACCAGUGCUUCCAUUUCCGGCUACGAAACCAUCAGCACACUUCUCUUGGGCUUUAUCUAUUACAAGAUUACGCGAAACUUGAUGCCGGCAACGAAGAAGCUGCAGCAGCUGAGCCGGGCCGGCACCUCGGCCAUGUACCAGCGGCUGUCCGAUUUGCAGCAGCACGACGCGCUGCUCACGCUGCGCACGUUCAGCAUGCGCGACUACUUUCUGCAUGAUGCAUACGCGCGCAUCGACGACCGCAUCCGCUACUGGUGGUAUACGAGCCUCUGCAAGGUCAUGCUCGAUGUCCAGCUCGAGGCCGUCAGCGCGCUGUUCGUAACGAGCAUCGCGGUGGGCGCGGUGCUGACGCAUGCCGACGCGGGCCCCACGGGCGUCGCGCUCUUGUUUGCCAACAAGUUUAGCGCCGUCACGUCACGGCUCCUGAAGCGGCUGGUGGACGUUCAAGGAGACAUGGCCAGCGUGGCCCGCGUGGAUGAGUACGCGAACCUGCCCGCGGAGAAGAUGGACGGAGCGGCGGUGCCCGACGGCUGGCCGCCAAGGGGCGCGCUGCAAGUCUCCGACCUGACUGCAGGCUACGAGGCGGAUCUUGGCAGCAGCUGUGUGCUCAAGCAGGUUUCGUUCUCGGUCAAGGCAGCGGAGCGGGUUGGUAUCGUGGGACGGACCGGCGCGGGCAAGUCGUCGCUCGUUUUGGCACUGACGCGACACUUGCACAUGCAGGGCCGCAUCGCGAUUGACGGAGUCGACUUGGCGAAUCUCAACCUGAAGCAGCUGCGCAGAAGCCUCUCUGUCAUCUCUCAAGAUCCAUACCUAUUCAGCGGCACACUGCGGCACGUGGUCGACCCAGCGGGCACGCACUCCGAUGACGAGAUCCAAGCCGUGCUCUCCAAGAUGUGCUUCUCCACCGCGCCACAAGGCAGCGCAUCGUCCAAGGCGGCCGCCGCCGUCGCUGCAGAGCUGUCCUUUGGCAUCAGCCGCGGCGGCCUGAACCUCUCCCAGGGCCAGCGUCAGAUGCUGCGCCUCGCGCAGGCCGUGCUCGCGCGCCGCCGCAUCGUCGUCAUGGACGAGGCCACGAGCGCCGUCGACGCCGACGCCGACGCCGCCAUUCAGCGCGCGCUCCGCGAGAUGACGGCGACGACGCUCCUCGUCGUGGCGCACCGGCUCGCGACGGUCGCCGACUUUGACCGGCUGCUGGUCCUGGACGACGGGCGGCUGGUGGAGAGCGGCUCGCCGGCGGCGCUGUAUAGGGCCAACGGCGCGUUCACAAAGAUGGUGGAUGCGAGUGCAGACAAGGAGGCACUUCUGAGGAUGUUUGUAUCGUAA